UGAGUUCAUGUGGGCUGACACCACAAUCCCACACCCGAUCACUCCUCCCAUGAAAGAAAAAAUUUCUCACUUUGGGGCAUUCCAUUUUCCCCAAUUUUCACUUCUUUACAUUACUAUCUCCCACCAUUAAAUUGACUUAUAUUUAGUUGAUUUCACAUACUAUAAUUCUCCUCCAAAUCGAAACAUUUUUCUCACUUCCCCAGUUCCAGAUCCAAUUUUUGAUCUUCACCUCUCCAGAUCUCUGCAUCGGUUUUUUUCUGAUCGUAGGCGUUCGGGGAUUUUGCUUCUGCGGUUGAGCUGUUAGCGUGAGUGGAAUUCCACAAGAAUUACAGCUGGAUCUGGUAGAGCUAUCUCGGAGCUUCAAGACGGACCCAGUCAUGAAUCCCUUCUCCUCCGGCACCCGCCUGAGGGACAUGAUUCGGGCUAUUCGUGCUUGUAAAACUGCUGCAGAAGAGCGUGCUGUUGUAAGAAAAGAAUGUGCUUCUAUUCGUGCUGCUAUUAGCGAGGACGACCCAGAUUACAGGCAUCGCAAUUUGGCAAAGCUCAUGUUCAUUCACAUGCUUGGUUACCCUACACAUUUUGGUCAAAUGGAAUGCCUAAAGUUAAUUGCAUCUCCAGGAUUCCCAGAGAAGAGAAUAGGAUAUCUUGGCCUUAUGUUGCUUCUUGAUGAAAGACAGGAAGUUUUAAUGCUUGUUACCAACUCAAUUAAACAAGAUUUAAAUCAGACGAACCAGUAUAUUGUUGGACUUGCUCUAUGUGCCUUGGGUAACAUCUGUUCUGCAGAAAUGGCUCGUGAUCUUGCUCCAGAAGUUGAAAGAUUACUUCAAUUUAGGGAUCCUAAUGUCAGGAAGAAAGCAGCAUUAUGCACAAUAAGGAUAAUAAAGAAAGUUCCAGACUUGGCAGAGAACUUCAUAAAUCCUGCUGCUGCCUUACUGAAAGAAAAGCACCAUGGAGUUUUACUAACUGGAGUCCAGCUAUGUACAGAGAUAUGUAAAGUCAGUACAGAGGCUCUUGAAUAUCUAAGAAAGAAAUGCAUAACUGGCUUGGUCAAAGUUCUAAGGGAUCUUACAAACAGUCCAUAUGCACCUGAGUAUGACAUUUCUGGAAUCACAGAUCCUUUUCUUCAUAUUAGAUUACUCAAGCUUUUUCAUGUGUUGGGCCACGGAGAUGCUGAUGCUAGUGAUACUAUGAGUGAUAUUCUUGCCCAGGUGGCAACCAAAACUGAGACGAACAAAAACGCAGGCAAUGCGAUCCUCUAUGAAUGUGUUGCUACAAUCCUGAGCAUUGAAGAUAAUGGUGGGCUGAGGGUGCUUGCUGUCAAUAUUUUGGGAAGAUUUUUGUCGAGUCGCGACAACAAUAUUAGAUAUGUAGCAUUGAACAUGCUGAUGAAAGCUAUUGCAUUAGAUAGUCAAGCUGUGCAGAGGCAUCGUGCAACCAUUCUGGAAUGUGUAAAGGAUCCAGAUGCUUCAAUCCGUAAAAGGGCCCUCGAGCUUGUUUAUCUUCUAGUAAAUGAAAGCAAUGUGAAGCCUUUGACAAAGGAGCUUGUUGAUUAUCUAGAAGUAAGUGAAGCGGAAUUUAAGGGAGACCUCACGGCCAAAAUUUGCUCAAUUGUGGAGAAGUUUUCCCCUGAAAAAAUAUGGUACAUUGAUCAGAUGGUGAAGGUUCUAACACAGGCUGGGAAUUAUGUGAAGGAUGAAGUCUGGCAUGCCCUUAUCAUUGUAAUUACUAAUGCUCCUAACCUCCAUGGAUAUACUGUUAGAGCACUGUACAAGGCUGUACAAACAGCAGGCGGACAGGAAACUCUUGUUCGAGUUGCUGUAUGGUGCAUUGGAGAAUAUGGGGAGAUGUUGGUUGGUAAUUCUGGCAUGCUUGAUGUGGAGGAAAGGAUAAAUGUAACUGAGGCUGAUGCUGUGGAUGUUAUAGAAACUGCAAUUAGAUGCCAUUCCUCAGAUCUCACAACUCGAGCUAUGUGUUUAAUUGCGUUGUUAAAGCUAUCAAGUCGUUAUCCUUCCUGUACAAAGAGGAUCAAUGAUAUCAUCCUUCAGCAGAAAGGAAGCCUCGUGCUUGAGCUGCAACAAAGAGCCAUAGAAUUCAACUCUAUUAUUGAGAGGCAUGAGAAAAUCAGGUCUGCAUUGGUUGAAAGGAUGCCAGUACUUGAUGAGGCAACUUAUAGUGGGAGGAGGGCUGGUUCCGUGCCAGCUGCUGUUUCAACAUCACAAGGAGCUCUGCCAAAAAUUCCAAAUGGUGUUGUUAAACCGGCUUCAGCUGCUCUUGUUGAUUUACUUGACCUUAGUUCAGAUGCUGACCAAGCGCCCAGCUCGUCUGGUGGAGAUUAUCUUCAGGAUCUUCUUGGGGUUGAUUUGGCCCCAGCUUCACAAGGAACUAAUCAGACCGAUAAGCGUGGGGCAGAUGUCUUACUUGACCUUCUGUCAAUUGGAGCUCCUCCAGCUCAAAGUAGCUCAUCUAUGCUUGAUAUGUUGUCAUCUGGUCAAGACAACAAAAGUGCAGUGGGCAUGUUAGAUAAUUUAGCCUCCCCUUCUGCACCGUCAGCGCAAGCCUCUUCCCCUGGUGCAAGUUCUUCGAUGAUGGAUUUGUUGGAUGGUUUUGGACCCAGCCCCUCAGUGCCUGUUGCAGAAACCAAUGGUCCAACCUAUCCAUCAAUUGUUGCAUUCGAGAGCAACUCCUUAAAAAUAACUUACAAGUUCUCAAAGGAGCCUGGAAAUCCACAGACCACAAUAAUUGAGGCUCAAUUUGUUAACAAGUCGCCUGAUAUCUACUCAAAUUUCGUAUUCCAGGCUGCUGUUCCCAAGUUUCUUCAACUGCACAUGGAUCCUGCUAGUGGGAAUAUACUUCCAGAGAGUGGCAAUGGAUCAAUCACACAGAAGCUACGAGUUUCGAACAGCCAGCAUGGCAAGAAAUCCCUGGUCAUGCGGAUGAGGAUAAGCUAUAAGGCGAAUGACAAAGACGUUUUGGAGGAAGGGCAAGUCAACAACUUCCCACGUGGUUUGUGAAGUGGACGGCGCUCUUAUUAUUCAGAGGAUGUAGAAGCAUCUUUCCCCCCUUGAUUGUAGUUUUCAGGUGACAUUUUAUAAUAUUGGUUUUGAUGAUCCGGCGUGGCAAUUGGUCUUGAGUAGCUUCAGCUAAUACCAUUUUGAUAUCGCUCUUUGCUUUCGGUUCCUUCCCUGAAAGGGCAGUUUAUGUACAUUAUUACAAGAAAAAUUCGUGUAAGCAGUCAAAUUUUGCCUUUGAGGCACGUAUAGAAGGAGCUUGCUUGUGUGUCGAUUUUUCCUCGUUACUGAGUCUAGAUCUUUAGUUUUGUAAGGCAAAUUUGUUAUACAUCAUUUUGUAUUGGAAUCAAAAUGUUCAUUUGUAAUAUAGAUUUUCCUCUUGAAUGUGUUAAUCCCUCAUUGACGUGA